CUGUUGUUUACCUUCCUGUUAGACGGUUGGAAGAAUUGAAAAUGUAUACUUCUUAUAUUGCUAGUUUAACAGUGUAAAUCAUUAUCGUUUUCAAAUGGCAUCAACGACGCCAGUGUGCAGUGUGUGUUAUGUCCAUAAUAUCACAGAGCCAUCAGUGACCUGGUGUAAAGAAUGUGACGAAGGACUUUGUUUAAAAUGUCAAGAACACCACAGUUUGUCGAAUGGAACACUAAACCAUAACACUGUACCAAUAACUGAAUACGAGAAAUUACAACGUGAUAAUCUCCACAUAGCCCAAAACUGUAACAAACAUAACGAACAUUAUAUAAUUUACUGUAAAAAGCAUGAAAGUCUCUGCUGUGGUAGAUGUAUUGUAGAAAGUCACAACGAAUGCGGAAAUUUCGCAAAAUUGGCUGAUAUCGUCAAAAAUAUAAAAACAUCGAAUGCCUUCUAUGAAAUUGAACAUUCGUUAGUAGAACUCGGUGACAGCAUUAAAGAAAUCCAACAGAACAGAGAGAACAACCUUACGUCGUUAUCUGAGAGAAAAAGGCAUAUUUUGCAUGAAAUCAAGCAAACCCGAGAAAGAAUCAACAAGCAUUUAGAUGAAAUACAAGACGACGCAAUCAAUGAAAUAAAUGCAGCUGAAGAAAAAGAAAACAUGAACAUUUGUCAUUCGCUGAUUUUAUUGCAGGAAAAAGGAAAUGAAAUAGCUGAAUGCCAGAGGAACAUUACGAAAAUCAAGAAACUUGACACAGAUCUCCAGACAUUCAUUGCUAUGAAGGAGCUAGAAAUAGAAGUUUCAAACGAAGUACAAUUCAUGCAAUCCAUGUCUAAAACUGCAGAUUUUAAAGAAACAAAUAUGUCAUAUCAAUUUAAUACCGGCAUACAAAGGUUCAGCUCCGAGACCCAAAGUUUAGGGGAAUUGAUGAUUGAGACGAAACCAUGUGACAUUGUCUUCACAAGGAGGAAAGACAAACAAGCACAAAUGGUGCUUCAGCAGAGCUCAUCAAGGUCAGUCGAAAAUAUCAAUCUGAAGCUAGAUAUCACUUUAGAUAAUACGGGAUUCUGCAAAUGGGGUUGUUGCAUGUUACCCGAUGGUAGAUUCGCAUUUACGGAGACCUUAAACAAUCUUGUCAGAGUAUUUAACACUGACGGAUCAAAAGAUUUUGAAGUGAAAACAAAAUAUAGGGCAUUCGAUAUAUCUUACAUCAGUGAAGACAACACGCUAGCUGUAACAUCAGGUAAGAAUGGAAAGUGCAUUACAAUAAUUGACCUACAGAACAAACAAAUUAAGAAAGAAAUAUAUACUGAAUCAUAUUAUCACGGCUUAGCAGUAAUGGACAACAAACUCAUCUGCUCAGCAGAUAAAAAAGGAAUACAGUGCUUUAAUCCAAACGACAACUCAAUAAGCGUUAUAGUCGGAGAGGAAUUUCCUACAAUGUGUUACAUCGCUACAUUUGAUGACAAAAUUUACCAUACAAAUAACAUAAUCAACUCUGUGACAUGUUAUGAUUUACAAGGCACAGUGAAAUGGACAUUUGAGAAGGAAAGUGUUCUAAAGAGACCGUUUGGGAUCUCUGUAGACAAUGAUGGUAAAGUAUAUGUGGUAGGGAGGUUAUCUACCAAUGUAGUAGUCAUAUCUGCUGGUGGACAAUAUCACAAAGAAAUACUUACAGCCAGUAAUGGUCUUUUCCAUCCCUUGUCUUUGUAUUAUAAUAGAAGUACCAAUCAGUUACUAGUUGCAAAUAAUAACGAGAGAGCAAUGCUUUUUUCUUUUAUUUGAAUAAACUCUUUUAUUUAUUCCACUGA